CACGUAUCUCUCUGUGAUGCAGCUGGUAAGCUCCAUCAUAAUAUACCUUCUUUUAGACCCAUGCCUCGCAAGAAGCAUCGUCAAUAUAUCGCACUCUACUAUUGCAAAGUCGGGAUUUCACUUCGCUCUCACCCAAGGAAGAAACUUGCAAUACGUCCAUCCAGGACUGCUACAACUACCACGCUGUCAGAAUGGUCUUCGAGAAGGUAUGGUAAUAGGAAGGGUGCUCAUCGCAAAGCUACCCGUACGCGAACCGUUGGUCGUGCAGGCAGAGCGUAUACAUGAUACCUCUUGCACAAGUACCGCUCGUGCAGUAUGAUGCGCAAUGGGACUGCCCAGUAUAGAUGAUCGAAGCAUAAGCUGCGUUGCGAUUCGAGGCAUUUAGCCCUUCCCAGCUUUUACGCACGAC